UCAAGUAGAGCGAUGUGUCGAUGGGGCCCAAGUCGACGUCUAUUUUUGCUCACGCGUGUCGGUGCACCGAUAGCUAAAUAAGUACCUUACCGGGUCCAACCCGGCGACUGCACUGCAUUGCCGACGACAUUGCAAUUGAGCAUCUUAGACGACGAACAAGCCUCAAUUGACGACCCAAGCUGCUCAAAAUGUUCGCCGCACGACAGAGAGCGAGCUGUUUGGCUCGUCGAUUGCCGCGAAGCACGCGCUCAUAUGCCAGCGACUCUCACCACAAGGCCGCCGAGGUCAACGAAUCUUUCGGAACAGGGUCUAUGUUGGCGGUUGGUUCCUUCUUCUUCGGUAUCCUCGUCUACCAGAUGACACCCCGGCAAGGCGAGGAUUCGAGCAUCACCCGGAUGAUGAACAAGUACUUGUCGCGGAGCGAGGACUGGGAGGAGAUCAAUGCGACCCACGUCAAGGCUGCCCGACAGGCUGGAUUCGACCGCGCUCUAUUCGAAAAUGAGGUUCCCAAGGAGCGCUGGGUCGAUGUGUCAUAUCCUGAGGCCCUCCAAUCCCACGCUCAAAGGAACAACCGCGCCGGACACAUGAUGAACUUGGACUCGGUCGUGGAGCACUACAGGAAGGAACAUGUCAAGGACCAGGAGCUCAAGAUGAAGCGGCUCGAGAAGGAAUAGGAGUGUACAAUACGCGACACGGAUAUUAGAGGUACCAGCCAAUACAUUCCGAGAGGGGAAUUCCCUAUGUGCAUCACUAUUGCCUGGAACUUAUCUGGGUCUUCCGUUUCGAAUCGAUUCAGUUGAUCCUCAGCCGGGUUCGUACUGACCCCUUACCUACGAAACUUCCGCAAGUGAAGGUGCCUCAACAUUUACACCGACGUGGACGUUUUCUCGGUGGCUCCCGUCACUUGCGGCUGCUGCUG